GGUGGGGUGUGGCCAUUAAACACUUGCAAUUUGCAUAGCGUGGUUGAACAGCAGAGCAGAGCAGAGCCGAGCGGCAGGCCGGGGGCAGACGAUGAAAUUGUUUGACGCACACUGUCACUUGCAAGACCCAAGAAUCUUUGACAAGGCACCCCAAUUGAUUGCAGCGGCCGUUGAUUCUGGCGUUGUUCGUUUUGCUGUUAAUGGAGUCUCUGAGAAAGAUUGGCAUUUGGUCAAGCAGAUUAGUGAGUCCUAUCCUUGCGUAAUUCCCUGCUUCGGUCUCCAUCCCUGUAGGUAUGUUGUAGAGAGGACACCCAAUUGGCUCAACACUUUAAAACAAUUCUUCGAGGCUACUCCCUCUGCUGCAGUUGGAGAGAUUGGCUUGGACAAAGGUUCACAAGGGAAGAAGGUUGAUUUCACAGAUCAGGUUAAUGUAUUCAGGCAACAACUUGAAAUUGCAAAAGAGUUAAAAAGGCCAGCAUCCAUCCACUGUGUUCGUGCUUUUGGAGACCUUCUUCAGAUAAUGAAAUCUUUGGGUCCUUUUCCUGCUGGCGUCAUUCUUCAUUCUUACCUAGGUUCUGCUGAGAUGGUUCCUGAAUUUGCCAAUCUUGGUGCUUACUUUUCUUUCUCUGGAUUUCUUAUGUCCAUGAAAGUACACAAGGCAAAGAGGAUGCUGAAGAUGGUGCCUUCUGAAAGAAUUUUACUGGAGACAGAUGCACCUGAUGCAUUACCCAAGUCUGAGUUAGAUUCUGCGCAUCUGGUUGAAGGAGCUUCCCUCCCUGAAGAGCUUCAGUCAAUAGAAAUUUCCUCAGCUCCAUUUGCUGGUGCAAGAGAUGUAUCAACAUUUCCAAAAGAAGCACUAAAUCACCCAGAAAAUAUUCACAAGGUUCUUUGAACAAACAUCGACCACGUCAAAUUUAUCCACAAAAUGGCGACUGGAUGCUUCUAUUUUGUCAAGAUGACGUUCAAUGAUUCUGAAAUACUCAUCAAAGACGGUGAUCUGAUAUGGCACCUUCUCUGUUAGAGUUUCCAGCAAUUGAACAAUCCGUUCAUAGACCAUCUCGGGCUGGUCUGUCUUACUAGACUUAGUUGGAGGUGCACUCAACAUACAUCAUGCAGACAAGAGAGUUGAAAAUUUCAAGCCCAAGGAAAAAUGAAAACUAGGCUUUAGUACCAAAUUUGAUCCUACCGUUACAUUAUGUUAAUGUUGCCGUCAAAUGUAAGGGUAAAACCGUCCAUAACCGUCCUAUGUUCCCUAAAUAGGUGAUAAAGUGGUGAUACAUAGGUGAUAAAGUGGUGAUACAUAGGUAAUAAAGGGGUGAUACAUAGGUCAAAAGUCUUAUUUACCCCCACAAAUGUAGCAUGUGCUGCUCACAUGACUAAAUUUAACAGAAAAUGUAACAAAGAGUUGGUGGACCAUUUGAACGAAUAAUUUAGUUUAGAGACUAAAAUGUAAAUCGGGUACAAAUUUGAGGACCAUUUGAGUAAUUUACCCAUUAAACAAAUAAGGAAAGUUGCUCCAGAA